UCACGCUCAUCGCUAUUUGCAUGAAGUACGUUGUACAGAGCAUUUGAGAGUUAAAACUGAAUCUCGCUUUAGAAUCGAAAGAACAUACGGAGCGGGAGAGCGCGUGACGCCUCACCGAGAAGUGCACUCAUAUUAUCGCGCGCGCACUGAGAAGUUAAAGCGCGCCCUGAAAAUGGAGCUGCCCGCCGCGGGUGAGCAUGUCUUCGCGGUGGAAAGCAUCGAAAAGAAACGCAUUAGAAAGGGAAGGUAUGAGUACCUGGUCAAGUGGAGAGGCUGGUCUCCAAAAUAUAACACGUGGGAGCCAGAGGAAAAUAUUCUGGACCCUAGACUUCUCGUCGCUUUCCAAAACAGGGAGAGACAAGAGCAACUUAUUGGUUAUCGUAAACGGGGGCCAAAACCAAAACAUCUUCUCUUGCAGGUACCAUCAUUUGCCCGAAGAUCCAGUGUUCUUUCCGACCUUCAGGAGGUAUCUCAGGGUGAGGAUUACCAACCCGAAGCAACUUCAGACCUGGUCCAAAGCCAGCAAUACCAGCUUAACAGCAAGAAGCAUCAUCCCUACCAGCCCAAGUCAAAAGACAAGCAGGGAGAGGCUCGAAUAAAUGGAAAAAAGAAGCACUACUACCAGCUCAACAGCAAGAAACACCAUCACUAUCAGCCAAACUCUAAAAUGUAUGACUCACUGUAUCAGAGGGUCAAGGAGACCAAAGUUCCUGAGUUGACUGACAAGGAAUGGAACUUAUCUCCAGCUCUAAAGCAGAAAUGGAUCCAAGAUAAGGAUUCUGGGUGCCUCAGUAAGGUGAGGAAUAUAACAAUGGGGUUGAAAAAGCUUCCUAAACUAAAUGGUGAAGCUGACUUAAUCAUGAACACAAACAGUGAUGCAAAGGAAGACAAAGCACCUCCUAAUGGAAUAAGCAGCAAACUGAAGAUUGUGAAGAACAAGAAUAAAAAUGGGCGCAUUGUCAUUGUCAUGAGCAAAUACAUGGAAAAUGGCACCCAUGCUGCUAAAAUUAAGGAAGGAACAUCAGAUUCUGAGGAAAAAAGGCAAGCACAGAAUUGUAAGUCCUGUGGAACAGAUGGGGGCACAGAGAAAAUAAAGCACACAAAGAAGCAAAGUCUUGUGAAAGGGAUAAAAAAGGACAGUAAAGCUGAGACUGCCUGUUUUAGGCUUUCGAAUGGACUAUCAUCUUUUGGAGGGGACAAUCCUGAAAAAGCAUGCUCCAUAGAGUUUGAGACAAACAAUUUAAAGAAGCCUGGUAACACUGGAGAUGAUGUACCUAAUGAAAAGCCCUUGCAACUGGCAACCAAAACCAGUCUGACUACAGUUCCUUUUGAGAAGAGUGAUCAAAGAGGCAUCCAGUCUACUCAAUAUGGUCCCAUAACCUUACCUCAAAAGCAUUGCUACUCUGAGACAGACAGUGACAGUAGGGAGGCUAAGAGGUUCCUAAGUUCUCAGAGUAUAAGUCCUCAAAAUACUGACUUGUCUUACUCUUGCAAUGAUACCACACACUUCAAUGACCAUCAGCACGCUAGCGGACAUGACUUUGAAAUCCUGGACUCCAACCAAGAUGAACCCAUAGACCUCAGCUGUGUAAGGUCGAGAGAAGAGAGAAGAAUUCAUACACAUUCUCAAAUUGGAAACUCUAUAUCGACUGGGAGAGAAGCAGUCUCUACGCCAGAGCAAGUAGAGAAAGAAAUGAAAAAAUCUGUUCGAAGCUUUACACCUUUUCUUGGGAAUAUAAUAAUCACAGAUGUCACAGCAAACUGCCUCACAGUGACAUUCAAGGAGUAUGUUACAGUUUAGGAAUAUGUGAUGGAUAUCAAGUCUAUAAAGACUACUGACUGUUUACUGUGAAAUUGUAAAAAUGUAAAGCAUGUCUCAUCAUCAAGUCCUUAAACUUGCCUGAAAUGUUUGGAACAAUCUAGUGUAAAGUUUUGAUAUAGUUUCAGAUUGCAUUUGAUUGAACUGAUCUGAAUUAAUUUUCAGAUUUACACAUUUAACUAUUCCAUGUUAGGGAUAGAAGAAAGAAACUAAACAGGCUUUCAUGUUAAUAGCUUGUAUCAAAUUAGCUUAAAGCUGUAUGCAGUGCUGUAUUUCAAAAGGCCUAAAUAUAAGAAGCACUUACUACAUGUGUAAUACUGAGAAACAUUUUCUACUGAUCUGUCUUUUAUAGACUUCGCUUUACAAAUAAAAUGUGUUAUUUAGGUUUGUCUAAGCAUAUUAAAAGUUGUAUUUUAUGUUCUUGAGUAA